AUUUAUGAACCACCGGUAAGCGUGAAUUUGACCUAUACCCUGGCAUGUCAAUGAGAAGUCCUUGGUCUCCACUGCAGUCCUGUUGGAGGAGCUGUUAGUUCCUGUGAAAUUCAAUUUUUCAUUCAUUGAUGCGCUUACUGAACCUGUGACCCUGUUCCUGACUGGACUGACUUGUGGUAAGUGAAAAGCUGACUCUUAACUGCUGUUUUUUUCUCUGAAGAGAACAGCCUCAGGAAAUACCUAUCCUCUUGAGAAAGGCUCCCUGUAUCCCCAGGGCCUUAGCUACAAGUGCCAAGGCCCCUCCAGCUAAGAACUAACUCUCCCUGCCCAGGGGCCAAGAACAAAAUAAUUUCUGUUUAGGCUAGAUACCUUACCUUAUCCUCUCUCUGAUUUCUUACUUGACUCUUUCUAUAUUUUGUAAAUAAAUUGUAAAUAAAUCUCUUUGGAAUUAAUUAAAUUCAUGGUGAUCAACCACACUCUUAAAUAAAAAAUUUAUCCCUUUUUUAUAUAACCCCUAUUUUCCCCUUAUAACCAUUAAGAGUUUAUGUUUCCUUGGCCUGGAAUUCAAAGAGCCAAGGUUACUUAACAACAUGGCUUUUUGAGGAUAUCUGGGGAGCCUGGAGAGAAUGGACUAGGGACAGGCCAGAGGGAGAUUGUAUUCAGAAAGGGGAACAUUACUUUAACUCUGAAAAGGAAAAAAAAAAGGAAAGGCAGAGAGUGGGAAUAGAUCACUUAGUAGCAGAAGGAAGAGCCUCAGACUUGGAGUCAGGAGCGGCUUGGUUCAAGUUUAGAGAUUUUGAACCCACAAUAACAUCUCUUGUGCCUAGGACUGUGUUUUUCUACCAAGAGGCAGUUAAUACCCUUACAGAAGAUUCUGGAAUUCCCUACUUUAGGCUCAUCUUUUCCUUAGGAGUUUCCUUCCCUGAAAGAUAAGAAUGAGAAUGUUGAAUGUGAUCUUCUUCAAGCUCAGAUAUGGUUUUAUGCUGGGAAGCUAAGCAAAUGAGUACUAAUUUUCCCUGAGCCUUCAUGGCCCAAGGAGAACCCAUUCCUUAUCUCUAGUUGGUCUUGCCAUUGAGAGAUGUGUGCAUACCAGGAAUAAUCUCUGGGGGCAGAUCCAGUAAGCUUGCCAGGCUUCCUUCCUGGGUCAUCCUUGGCCAUCCUUGGCCAGCUAUCUUAGGAUUCAUUUCAGCAUCCUUGACAUUUCAUCUUGGUUUUUGUAGUUUGUACUCCUUCUCUGGGUCUCUGUUGGGAACCUUAGGGUGAGGAAGAGUGAGCCUCUUACUUGUAUCCAGUAAAGCCAAGUGGGACUGGCCAGGAAGGUGACAAAUCUGAGGUCAGCUAGCCACAUUUUGAAGUGGGAAGAAAAUAUGAUGGAACAGAGAACAUGCUCCUGGGCAUUUAGAAGGUUUUUCCUGGAAUGGCAUAGUGACUAGUGUUGGAUUUAGAGUGAGAAAGACCUGAGUUCAAAUCCUUUCUCAAAAUGUUAUUGGCUAUGUGAUGUUUAGCAAGUGCUUAUCUGGGUCUCAGUCUCCUCAUCAGUUAAAAGAGUAUAAUAAUCUCUCCCUCAUAGUUUUUUUUUAAUCAAAUGAAACCAUCUAUAAAACUUUUUAAACCUGAACAUAGACUGAAUAACAGUUCAGAGGAGGGAAAGUACAGAAUAUGAGUCUGAAUGCCAAAGAUAGACACAUGCUUUCUGAGCAGAAAAUACAUACCCAGAACUAUUUGAAAGGCCUGCUGACAUUUUGUGAAGGGCUACAGUUUAAUGACAGGCUAGGAACACUGAAAAGUAGUCUAUAGUCAAUAGGGAGUCAUGAAAAGAGAAGAAACAUGAGCACACACAUAUUUAAUUGAAGAACAAAUUGAGGGCACUAGAGAUGCUUAGAAAAUCAAAAGAGUUUAAUAAAAUCUAAAGGAAAUAAAAAAUAGAAUUAAAUAAAACUGGAUCUAUUUUUUAAAAUAAAAAUACAAUUAAGUAGAUGACCCACUGAUUAAUUUGAUUAAAGAAAGAAGAAAACAGUAUUACCAAUAGCAAAAAUGAAAAGCAUGAAUGAGUUAGCAAUAAAGUUUAAAUUAAGGAAAUCCUGAGCACUCAUUUUGAGAAAUUAUGUGCCAGCAAAACUGAAAUUUAAGUGAAAUAGAUGAAUAUUUACAAAAAAAUGAAUUGCUCAGAUUCACAGAAUUAUAAAUAGAAUAUUUGAACAACUCAAUCAUAGAAAAAGACACUGAAGAAACCAUAAAUGAGUUCUCUAUGAAAUAGUUCCCAGGAUUAGAUCAAUAUACCAGUGAAUUAUCACACUGAAGGAACAAUGAAUCUCAAUGCUAUAUAAACAAUCUUAAAAAUAUAGGCAAUGAGGGCUAGUGAGGUGCUCAGUGGAUAGCAAGGCCUAGAUUCUAGAGGACCAGGGUUCACAUCUGGCCUCAGACACUUCUGGAUGUGUGACCCUGGACAAGUCAUUAACCCCCAUUGUCUAGCCUUUACUUCUCAUCUAACUUUUGAACCAAUACUUGGUCUUGAUUCCAAGAUGGAAGGGAAGAGUUUUCAAAAAUAGGUAAAGAAAGAAUCCCAAAUUCCUUUUGUGAUACAAAUAUAGUUUUGAUACCUAAACCAGUGAAAGCAAAAACAGAAAAAAAUACAAUACUUAAAUAAUCCUGUACCAGGAAUAGAAAUUGAACAAGCCAUCACAGAGCUCCCUAAGACAAAUUCCCUAGGGCCUGCUGGAUUCACAAGUCAGUUAUAUCAAACAUUCAAAGAACAACUAAUCCCAAUAUUAUACAAACUAUUUGACAGAAUAAACUAAGAAAGAAUUCUACCAAAUUCCUUAUAAGACACAAAAAUGGUACUGCUUCCAAAGCCAAGAUAGUCAAAAACAGAAAGAAAACUACAGAUCAAUCUCUUAAUGAACAUAGAUGCAAAAAUCUUAAAUAGAAUACUAGGAAAAGGUCUGCAGCAAGUGAUCUUGAGGGUGAUUUAUUAUGAUCAUGUGGGGUUUAUAUCAGGUUAAUAUUAGGAAAAGCAUCCACAUAAUUGACCAUAUCAAAAAGCAAACCAACAAAAAUCACAUGAUUAUUUCAAAAGAUGCAGAAAAAGCCUUUGAUAAAAUACAACACCCAUUCAUAUUGAAAACACUAGAAAGUAUAGGAAUAGAAGGGCCUUUCCUAAAAAUAAUAAACAGUAUAUAUCUAAAACCAUCAGCAAACAUGGUCUGCAAUGGGGAUAAAUUAGAAGCAUUCUCAAUAAUAUCAGGAGUGAAACAAGGAUGCACAUUAUCACCUCUAUUAUUUACCAUAGUACUAGAAAUGUUGUUAGGAUAGAUGAGUGUGCACAAAGAUACUUGUGCGUGAAAGAGAUUUAAGUGGAAAAGCCGAUGCACAGAGACAGUCCCACUCUCUCGGCAUUGGAAGCCUGGGUCCAGUGGCACGAAAAAUUGUUACGUCUGGAGACUUCCUCAGCUGCAUUGGAUAGCCGUGUUGUCCUUUGUGCUCCAACACGCCCUAAGCACUCCACAGUGCUUUGCUGCGUCGCCCUCUCAGCCGUUGAACCUUCUUAUUGGUUUCUUCCAUCUGUUCAGCCGAAGCAGUCUUCACAUGCUGGGUGAGCAAAGCCCUGGUUCACCAUGGGUCAACGACCCGAUGGCUACCCUCACAAGGUUUGGCCGGCCUGUCGAAGCCGUUGCCUGGGGUGUGGCUGCUGCCACAUGCUAGCAGCUACUGGGAGCCACAAGUGAGAGCUGGGUGUCAGAUGGGGUCAGAGGCUGGAGAGCUACCAUAGGAGGGCACGACAAGCCCUCCAUACCAGAGAUACUACACCUCCCUGAGCACCCCAUACGGACAAGUAUCUUUGUGCACACUCAUCUAUCCUAACCCUGUCCACCAUCUUCAAGACCUGCGGUGAUGGAGGAGUGAUGAUGCAACAGGUGGAGGUGACCACUGGCAGUUGUAGUCACGAUCCUGCACGUAGACGGCCCACGGACCAGUGGUCGCUCAGCCCUGUGGGCAGCAGGGAUGUUCAGCAGCAUCCUGGGCAACUGAGCAGCCCUCUCUAGGACAGCACUGCUCACCCUAAUCAAAGGAGGGGACUAGAAAAGGUGUCCCAAACAUUGCCUGCCCUACAAACACCCAGUCAGCACACCGCGGCUGGCAGGUCAUCCCCUUUAAGAGGUCGAAAUCAAAGAAAAAAUACAAAGAAACUCCUACUAGGAGCAUGGAACAUCAGGACAUUACUUGACAGAGAGAAUACCCCAAGACCUGAGAGAAGAACAGCUCUAAUAGGUAAAGAACUGGCGCGAUAUAACAUCAACAUCGCAGCCUUAAGCGAAACAUGCUUACCAGAAGAGGGAUCACUCAGCAAAACCACCACUGGAUACAACUUCUUCUGGAAAGGUAGAGCCUCAAAUGAAGACAGAAUCCACGGUGUUGGCCUGGCCAUCAAGACCAGUUUGCUCAAACAGCUGCCAGACUUGCCUGUGGGCAUCAGCGAGAGGCUCAUGAAGAUCUGUUUGCCUCUUAGCAAAGACCGGUAUGCCACAAUCAUCAGCGCAUAUGCCCCAACACUGACCAGCACAGAGGAGACCAUCGAGGAGUUCUACUCUCACCUGAGUGCCAUCCUGCACUCAGUGCCCACAAAUGACUAGCUGAUACUACUGGGAGACUUCAACGCCCGUGUUGGCCAGGACUAUGAAAGAUGGAAAGGAGUGCUCGGCAAACACGGCAUGGGCAAAAUGAACAACAACAGCCUACUGCUAUUCAGCAAGUGCUCAGAGUUCGAACUCACCAUCACAAACACUGUGUUCAGAAUGGCGAACAAAUAUAAAACAACGUGGAUACAUCCAAGAUCAAAACAGUGGCAUCUCAUUGACCACAUCAUUGUACACCGGCGAGACAUCCAGGAUGUAAAGAUCACCAGAGCCAUGAGAGGAGCUGAAUGCUGGACAGACCACCUAUUGGUUAGAGCGACUCUUCAAAUCCUCAUUGUGCCUCACCAUCCAAAAUGCACCCAGACAGUUCGCACAUUUUACAACGUGAGUUGUCUUAGAGAUCCAUCUUAUUUGCAAACAUUCCAGUCCUGCCUGGACAACAAGCUGUCUACCAAGGGACAACUCACUGGAAGCUCAACCGAGAAAUGGAACCAUUUCAGAGAUGCAGUGAAGGAAACAUCAAAGGCAGUCCUAGGCCCAAAACAACACAACCACCAGCACUGGUUCAAUGAGAACAACACUGCUAUUGAAGACCUAUUGAGCAAGAAGAACAAAGCCUUUAUGGAGUGGCAAAAUAACCCAAACUCUGCUCCUAAAAAGGACAGAUUCAAGUCUCUCCAAGCCACGGUGCAACGUGAGAUCAGGAAGAUGCAAGACCGAUGGUGGGAAAAAAAGGCAGAAGAAAACCAGCAGUUUGCUGAUAUGAAAAACUACAAAGAAUUUUUCAGUGCCCUCAAGACUGUCUAUGGGCCAUUAAAACCCACAACCACUCCCUUGCUAUCCUCUGAAGGUGACACUCUCAUAAAAGAUAAAAAAGGCAUCAGCAACAGGUGGAAAGAACACCUCAGUCAGCUUAUCAACCGACCAUCUUCAGUCAACCAAAGCACCCUUGACCAGAUCCCCCAAAACCACUCCAUUGAACAACCUGACGUCCCUCCUUCAAUAGAUGAAGUCCAAAAAGCCAUUAAACAAAUGAGUGUAGGCAAGGCACCAGGUAAAGAAUGGAUCCCAACCGAGGUGUACAAGGCCUUAAAUGGAAAGGCACUCCAGGCAUUCUACAUAGUACUGACCAGCAUAUGGGAAGAGGAAGACAUGCCCCUAGAACUCAGAACUGCCUCCAUCAUAGCCCUAUACAAGAACAAAGGCUCAUGAGCAGCCUGUGACAACUACAGAGGCAUCUCACUACUCUCCACUGCUGGAAAGAUCCUCGGCCAUGUUAUACUCAACAGACUCCUGUCAUCUGUCUCAGAGCAGAACCUGCCUGAAUCACAAUGCGGCUUCCGACCAGAUCACAGCACCAUCGACAUGGUCUUCACUGUGAGGCAAAUGCAGGAAAAAAGCCUUGAGAAGAACCUGAGUUUCUACAUUGUCUUCAUAGACCUGACUAAGGUGUUCGACCCAGUGAACAGGGACCCAUUGUGGGUGAUCCUCAGCAAGCUCAGUUGCCCAGCAAAAUUCAUCAAACUGAUCCAGCUCUUUCAUGUCGACAUGACAGGGGAAGUCCUAUCUGGUGGAGAGACUUCCGAUCGCUUCCACAGCUCCAAUGGGGUGAAACAAGGCUGUGUCCUCGCUCUGGUACUAUUCAACCUAUACUUUACCCAAGUAUUAUAACAUGCUGUGAUGGAUCUAGACCUGGGCAUCUACAUCAAAUACCGACUGGAUGGCUCACUAUUUGACCUUCGCUGGCUGACUCCAAAAACAAAGACAACAGAGAGACUCAUCCUGGAAGCUCUCUUUGCAGAUGACUGUGCUCUCAUGGCCCACCAAGAAAAUCAUCUCCAAACCAUUAUGGACAGGUUCUCCAAUGCAUCAAAAUUGUUUGGCCUAUCAGUCUCAGCAAAACAGAGGUGCUUUUCCAACCUGCACCAGGAAGGCCAACAAACCAGCCGUGCAUUACAAUCGAUGGCACUCAGCUUUCUAAUGUCAACACUUUCAAGUACCUGGGCAGCACCAUUGCGAACGAUGGGUUCCUAGACCAUGAGAUCAAUGCCAGGAUCCAAAAGGCCAGUCAGGCACUUGGGUGGCUGCGCUGCAAAGUCCUCCAACACAGAGGUAUAAGCACUGUGAUGAAGCUCAAAGUGUACAACGCAGUGGUCCUCAGCUUGCUCUUGUAUGGUUGUGAGACAUGGACACUGUACUGGAAGCACAUGAAGCACUGGAGCAAUUCCACCAAUGCUCCCUCAGGUCAAUCAUGAGGAUCCGAUGGCAGGACCAAAUCACCAAUCAGGAAGUCCUUGACAGAGCCAACUCCACCAGCAUCGAAGUCCUGGUCCUCAAAACCCAGCUACGAUGGUCUGGACACGUCAUCCGCAUGUACCCACAGCGAAUACCAAGACAGGUAUUCUAUGGUGAACUGUCAGCUGGACUCAGGAAACAAGGCCGACCAAAGAAAAGAUUCAAGGAUCAGCUAAAGUCCAACUUGAGGUGAGCUGGCAUUACACCAAAGCAACUGGAACUCGCUGCCUCUGACAGAAGCAGCUGGCGAACCCACAUUAUCCAUGCCACCACCACCUUUGAAGAUGAACGACGUCUUGCCACUGCGCAUGAACGCUGACACCAGGCCACAACUGCACCUCCCGUAACAACUGGAGUCCCAUGCCCCGUGUGCCACAAAAUUUGCGCCUCAGCCUUUGGACUCCAAAGCCACUUGAGGGUAGACCGUAGAUGAAAUUGCAAAAGACAAUAGUCAUUCUCGAUCACCGAGUGACUACCACUAUACUAGAAACAUUGUACUAGAAACAUGAGCCGUAUCAAUUACAGAAAAAAAAGAGAAAUUGAAGGUACUAACAUAGGCAAUAAGGAGACCAAGCUAUCACUCUUUGCAGAUGAUAUGAUGAUCUACUUAAAGAAUCCUAUAGAAUCAACUAAAAAGCUACUGGAAAUAAUCAACAACUUUACCAAAGUUUCAGGAUACAAAAUAAACACACAUAAGUCAUCAGCAUUUCUAUAUAUUUCCAAUACAUCUCAUCAGCAAGAGUUAGAAAGAGAAAUUUCAUUUAAAAUCAUCCUAGAGAAUAUAAAAUACUUAGGAAUCUAUCUGCCGAGACAAACAGGAACUAUAUGAACACAACUACAAGACACUCUUCACACAAUUAAAACUAGAUCUUAAUAAUUGGAAAGAUGUUAAUUGCUCAUGGGUAGAAUGAGGUAACAUAAUAAAAAUGACAAUCCUAUCCAAACCUACUUACUUAUUUAGUGCCAUACUCUUUGAACUACCAAAACUUUUUAGAGAAUUAGAAAAAUCCAUAACAAAGUUCAUUUGGAAGAACAAAAGAUCAAGGAUAUCCAGGAAAAUAAUGAAAAAGAAAAAUGUGAAGGAAGGUGGUCUAGCAGUACCAGAUCUCAAAAUAUACUAUAAGGCAGUGAUCAUCAAAACAAUAUGGUACUGGCUAAGAGAAAGAAAGGAGGAUCAGUGGAAUAGACUUGGGGUAAGUGACCUCAGCAAGACUAUCUAAAAUAAACCCAAAGAUCACAGCUUUUUAGACUAAAAUCCAGUAUUUGACAAAAACUGCUGGGAAAAUUGGAAAACAAUAUGGGAGAGACUGGGUUUUUAUCUUCAUCUCACACUCUACACCAAGAACAUUCAGAAAAGGUAAAUGACUUGAAUAUAAACAAGGAAAGUAUAAGUAAAUUAGGUGAACACAGAAUAAUAUAUCUGUUACAUCUUUGGGAAAGGAAAGAUUUGAAGACCAAGCAAGAGUUAGAAAAAAUCACAAAAUGUAAGAUAAAUAAUUUUGAUUACAUUAAAUUUAAAAGGUUUUGUUCAAAAAAACCUAAUGCAAACAAAAUAAGGGAAGAAGCAUUAAAUGGGAAAUAAUAUAAGAAAAAAAUUCUUACAAAGGUCUAGUCACUCAAAUUUAUAUGGAGCUAAAUCAAUUGUAGAAAACAUUAGGCUGUUCCCCAAUUGAUAAAUGGGCAAGGGACAUGAAUAGGCAAUUUUCAUUUAAAGAAAUCAAAACUAUUAAUAACCACAUGAAAAAGUGUUCAAAAUCUCUUAUAAUCAGAGAAAUGCAAAUCAAAACAACUCUGAGGUAUCACCUCACACCUAGCAGAUUGGCUAACAUGACAGCAAAGGAAAUUAAUGAAUGUUGGAGGGGAUGUGGAAAAAUUGGAGCAUUAAUGUAUUGCUCGUGGAGUUGUGAAUUGAUUCAACCAUUCUGGAGGACAAUUUGGAUCUAUGCCCAAAAGGUGCUAAAUCUUUCUGCACUUUGAUCCAGGCAUAGCACUGCUGGGUUUAUACCCUCCCCCCCCCAAAGAGAUAAUAAGGAAAAAGACUUUUACAAGAAUAUUCAUAUCGGCACUAUUUGUGGUGGCAAAAAAAAAAUGGAAAAUGAGUGGAUGCCCUUCAAUUGGAGAAUGGCUGAACAAAUUGUGUUUUUGGUGAUUGAAUACUAUUGUGCUCAAAGGAUUAAGGAACUGUAAGAAUUCCUUAUGAACUGGAAUGACCUGCAGGAACUGAUACAGAGUGAAAGGAGUGGAACCAGGGGAAUUAUACACAGAGACUGAUACACUGUGGUAUAGUCAAAUGUAAUAGACUUUUCUAAUAGUAGCAAUGUAAUCAUCCAGAAUAAUUCAUAGGGAUUUUAAUAAAUCUAAAAUUUUUUAAAAAUAAAUUUAAAAAUAAAUAAGAACACCAUCCCUAUCCAAAGGAAGAACCAUGAGAGCAGAAACACAGAAUAAAAAUAACUGCUUGAUCACAUGAGUCAAUGGGGAUAUGAUUCCUUUAUGGCUACUGAACAAAAUAUUGUAAAAGCCCCUAAACAGUUUUUUCCCCAGUUUUCAUUUGUUAAUUGUCUCUUGGGUCAUGGAUGGACUCAACCUGGCUACCUUUAGAGAAUUUAAUUAGCUAAGAAUUAAAUUUAAUUCUUAGGAGUCUUCAGAAUAAUUUUAAUUAACUAGUGGUUUCUGAAUUGAUGACUUUUUUAAGAUAUAUAUUUUAAAGAAUGUUGUAUUAAAGAUAGAGAAACAAAGCAAUGUUCCUACCAAGGUAUUUCUAUGAAGCAGGAAGCCAAAAAGAGCUCCUACAAAAUUCUUCAGUUUAAUUUACUUCCACCAGAAUAAUUUAGAUUUCUUGGUGAUGUUCUAGACCCAAAUAAAUGUUACUUUGUUUAAAAAUAUAUUUGCCAAGUUUGAAAGAUUUGCUAUGUCUGUAAAAAUUGUGACAAAUAUCCAUCAAUUCAUAGUUUUUGUUUUUUUGUCAUACAUCAACUCAUAUGAAAUAUGAUAGUGGGUUGGUUUGCUAUUGUAAUUAACUGGGAUAUUGUGAAUUUGUGGGACUUUGGUCCUUUUUAAAAUGUGCAUUACCUACUGAAUUACUGUUUUAUUCUGAAAAUCAUAAGGUACCCAUACUGUGGUUCAUGGCCAAGUUAAAAAGGAAGUAGAUCUCAUUUUUAGUGAGGAACCUUUGUAUUCUAUCUCUCCUUGGCUGACAGUAUGUCACUGAUUAUAAACUAUAUGUUUUUGAUUUUUAAAACUUUUUUAAUUAUUGUUUUUCUUUUCAUGUGCUAUAUGGCAUCUGAGUUUUAAUUUUUGUCUCCUUUUUGGAUUUAGACAUGUCAACAGAAUUGAGAUUUUUCUUUAACUUUUUUGAUUUUGUAGUAAUAUAAGUUUAAAAUACAUUUUCUACAACAUCAAUGCAUACCCCAAAAGCUUUAGACUAUAAAAAUGAUGCCACUGAUUGUUUAAAAAAAAUUAUGGGACUUUGCAUAAUGAUUCUGUCUGAUUCCAGGAUAAGAGAAUACAAAAAGAGUCAUUGCACAGUGCCAAAGGAGCAGAAAGCUAAACUGCUUAGUGCCAACUGAGCACAAGGUCAAAGAGACCAAGCAAUCCUGAUGGGAUUGUUGAAAAUUUUUAGCUAAGACAAGAUGACUUGAACUUGUUUGCGGUUUGAGGUUGUGGCUAUUUAACACGUGUUAAAGGCAGGUCUUCCUUGUCCCACAUCCUACCAACUAUCCCAAAUUUGACUUCUACCUGGUUCCUAUAAUCUAGUCCCUUUUCUGUCUUUCAUGGUGUGGUAAACUAUCUAUAAUCCUAGCUACUGAUUGGAUAAAUCCAUAAUUGCUUAAAUCAUUUUAAUUGGGCCCUGAUUCAAGGACCUGUUGUAGAUUUAUUUUUCCUUUACUUAGAAUUUUUACACAUAACACUUUGAUAAUCUAUAUUUCAUCCAGAAAUUAUUUUUUCUUAUUUGGAUUUCUUUUUGAUGUUUUUUUAUUUCUCUUGCUAAUUGGUUCAUACACCUCAUAACUCAGCCGUGCAUUCCUAAGUUAUCCCUGUGUUUUUCAACACCCUCUUCAGGAAGGAAUGUAUAAUUAUUCUAAAUUGCGGAAUUUAAAUUCUUUUUGAGAUUAAUUUUAGGAUAAGAAAAACAUGCUACCUCUCUUAAUCUAGAAAGUGAACUGUUUGGAGAAGGCACAAUGAAGAUGCCUCCACAGACCACAAGCUGAGCCAGAUGACCCAGAGUGAACUUUGGGAUGUGGUGAUUUGAACUGUGUGGGGUUUAAAUGAAUUUGUUUUUAUGUAUACUCUUAUGCCAAAGGAGACUGCCCCUUAACUGGCUUUUUGUCAAUGCACCUAGCAAUUAUUGAUUUUGUUCUCUUUUCCUCUUAUCCUCAAAUUUUGUAUUUUCAAUGUUGGUUAUGUUGACAAGAUCCAUUGGAGAGACCAGUCUUCCAUGGAUCUCAGGGGGGGAUGUAUAAUUGAAAAUUUGUUACCCUAAAAAAGAACUACAUUUCCCAGGAUCCCACUGACAUUCUGUCAUUAGCUACUUCCUGUACAUAGGGGAUAUUAGGCAGGGAUGUGGAAAGACCCACCUUUUUACUUCCUGGCCUGAGCUUGGUGGUGGUAAGGUGGCUGUUUAUACUGGCUGAUCAGCCAUGGGCAUGUGGUCUUUAUUUUGUAUCUUCUUUAUUCCUUGAUUUCUAAUGAUCAUUUAAUAAACCUCCAAAACUAUAAUAUUUUUAUUAUUAAGACAUAAUUAUAAUUUUUACAAUACUCUAAAUGAUCACCCUAGUGCAAACAUCAACAAUAUGGAAAUAGAUUUUGAUAAAGGACACAUGUUAAACCCAGUGUAAUUGCAUGUUGGCAAUGGGGAGGUGGCAUAAGGGUAGGAAAAGAACAUGACUCUUGUAACCAAGGAAAAAUGUUCUAAUUUGACUGAUUAAAUAAAAUUACAAAAAAGAAAUCCCUGGAAUGACUCCCAUGAAAAAAUGGACAGUGAGGUGAGUGGACCAGGAGAACAUUGUAUACAGUAAAAGCAACAUUGUAUGAAGAUCAGCUGUGAAUAACUUAUCUAUUCUCUCUCUUUUUUACUGUACCACUAUCCAUUUGUUAUGAAUAAAAUCAUCUCAAGAGGAUAAGAAUUUAAAUUUAGGCUCUUUGCUAAACAUAAGAAUUCUAAAGUAAUAUUUGGUCACCAAUUUAAAAAUAUUACAGCUAAAGUCAAAAUGACUUUUAGCUGAUUCAUUUACAAACAGGUGGAAAAACUGAAGAUGGGAAAAUGGACAUAAAGAGAUAAAAAGUACUGCCUAGCUAAUAAUACCCCAAGUUUAAUCCUAAUGUCUCCAGGCCACAGAUGAAAAUCCAAAAGUGAAUCUCAACAGAAACCAAAGUCCUAAUUAGGAAGCCAAAAUUCAAAGAACCAGAAUAUGCUGAAGAAUCCCUCAAGAACCUUCUGUACUCAUUAAGCUAAUACUGCCAAGAAUCUCACCAGACAUCACGCUAAAGGUAGUGUUCCACUGUAGAGCCAAAGAGCAGAGAGGGUCUCUUGACCAAAGAAACAAGGAAGGAAUCAUUCCACUCACCACCCCAAGUCCAACUCAAAAUCCAGGGAAAAGAUCUCCUCCAGUCUGGCUCAUCAAUAUAUAGAGAAUGACUGAAUCCUCCAGCUGGCCUUUUGAAAGAAGUUUUCUCAAUGUUACUUUCUGUCACACACCCACAUUAAGGGAACCAAUAGCAAUCUUUCAAUCUGCCUAGCACUGUCCAAGUGCUUGUGUGUGGGGAGGUGCAGUGACCUUUGGAGG